AUGCCAGCUGAUCCAAAAGAAAAGCCAGUCUAUUCUGAGGUCAAGACAGGGAAGACCACAGGAGCAACUGGACUUGAUGUUGAUGUGACCUUUGCUGAGGUUGACCUUAAACAGAAGGCCAAAGCCAAGAAGAAGAAAGAAACAGCAACCCCACCUGAGGCAGAUUCAGUCUAUUCUGAAGUGAAGCCAGGCACAUCCCCAGGUGUAGGUGUUCCUCUGAUCAUCAACAGGGGAGUGGGGGACUCCGUGGAGCUGCUGGCAGGCUUAGAGAGGGGACAUUUCAAAUCCUUGGAGUGGAAGUAUAUGGGAAAGGAUAUUGCAGAAUUCAACUCAGAAGUUGUAUAUUCACCUGAAUCCCAGUUUGAGGGGAGACUAAAGAUGAACACCAAAAACUUCAGUUUAACAGUCAGAGAACUGACACUGCAAGACUCAGGGGAUUUUCUACUUACAGGAGAAGGGGACAAAGGUCAGAUUGGCAGUAAGACCAUCACUCUGAAGGUCCACGAGCCUAUAUCCACGGUGGCGAUCCAGACAGACAUCAAGCGAUUGGCCAACCACUCCUGUACGGUACGGCUGGUGUGCAACGGUUCCUGCUACCCCAACAUUACCUACACCUGGGAGAGAGUCUACGGGGACGCCCAGCAGAUUCACUUCUCUCUCUUACCAGCAGAGAGAGACAUCAGUGUAAAGUGCAACGCCUCCAACCUAGUCAGUUGGAAAACUGCCUCUACGACAGUAAAGUGUAGUAAUGACACAACCACCCCAGAAUAUGUGACAGGACUGGUGUGGUAUACCAUCUACAUCAGAAUAUCAGUUUGGGGCGCUGUGGUGCUGAUCCUCUCUGUAGCUGUGGCAGUGUGCUACUGCAGGGGCCGAAGAAACAUAGAUAAGAUCAAAUAG